GAGGGGUGUCCGGAGGGACGCGGCACCUCCCAGACUUACAAGCGGCUCUCUGUGCGAUUUGCUCACGUCCGGACCGUGGGCCUGCUGAUGGGUGCACCCCGGCCUCAGUUUGCCCUCCCCAAGGAGGCCUGUGGCUUGUCCUGGCUCAGGAGACACCUGCCUGGGGACGUGCCGGCCCCCAGGGACCUGGCUCCCUCAGCAAAGAGAGUAGAGCUGUCACGUGGUAUCGCAGGCCGGCGCUGACUCCAGGCGAGACCUGCAAACGGGCUCCAGUGCGGGUGCAACCCAGGCCCAUGCGAGGAGGCCACCCGAUGUCGGGGGGGGGGGGCACCUUCUUCACCCACGCUCAAGCUCCCUCCGGGCGCACGGUCAAGGCUGACGCUGCCAGGGGGUCCAGUGCGAAUGCUGAGUCUGCCCUCAGGCUCCUGAUCUGCACCCUGCGCAUGGUAACUGACCCACAUGCUGCCGUGUGCCGAAGGCCUGCCUCGUGCAAAUGCAGGAUCGCCCAGAGUCACGUGGGCCGAGCUCAGACACAUGUGAUUCCCUUCAUGGAGGCAUCUAGUCUCGGCCAGUCUGCAGACGCAGGAGCAAGCCGAGUCCUGGUCCCUUGGGUCGGGGCUGGUCUGGGUGUGCUUUGCAAACACUGGAAUCUUCUGGAAACAGAGGCGGUGGCUGCAGAGGGGAUGCUCGUGGGUGUGCUUUGCAAACACUGGAAUCUUAUGGAAACAGGAGAUGGCUGCACAGGGGAUGCUCCGGGGUGUGCUUUGCAAACACUGGAAUCUUCUGGAAACAGAGGCGGUGGCUGCAGAGGGGUUCUUCAUGUGUCUCCUUUGCAAACACUGGAAUCUUCUGGAAACAGGUCAACGUGACUUUGAUUUGGCCGAUGCCCUCGAUGACCCCGAACCCACCAAGAAGCCAAGCUCAGAUAUCUACCCCAGACCGAAGCCCCCGUAUCACCCACAGCCAGGCAUGCCCGACAACAGCGGAGGUAUCUACCCCAGACCGAAGCCCCCGUAUCACCCACAGCCAGGCAUGCCCGACAACAGCGGAGGUAUCUACCCCAGACCGAAGCCCCCGUAUCACCCACAGCCAGGCAUGCCCGACAACAGCGGAGGCAUCUACCCCCGGCCGAGGCCACCCCCGCGCCCCCAGCCCGGCGGUUCCGACAGCGGUGGAGGUUACUUUGGGAACAGGGACCAGGAUGACGGCCGCUACCCGCCCAGGCCCAGGCCGCCCGCAGCUGGCGGUGGUGGCUACUAUCCCAACAAUGACGGCCACGGAAAUGCCUAUGGAGGAGGGCGUUCUAGACCCAACUCUUACGGAAAUAAUUAUGGCGGAGACGGAUACUCCACGUACGGCAACCAGCAAGGUAACACGAUAGCGAAAAUCGUGUCCCCCAUCGUGUCCGUGUUGGUGGUCAUGCUGGUGGGUGCUGCCACGGGGUGGUUCCAGCGAAACAGGAGGAGAAAUUGUUUCAGGACGAGAGAACCAGAGCACGUGUGACGGCUUCAGGAUCCCGCGGUUGCUUUGAGAGAAGCUCAGUGUAGACGAGGUCCCCGUGUAUCGCUCCCGUGACAGCUCCUUCCAUUGCGGACGUCAUCGCCACCCUAAAGCGUCUCUGUCUGGAGGGGACCGAUCGCCUGACAAAGAAUUUCUGAUCCGCCGGGCAGGGGAGGGGGGUGUUUAUAAAGACAAGUUAGCCAAGCCUUGGGUCCUAAGAAGACGGUCUGACCUGCACAUUCGAUGACUCCUUUGACCAGAUUGCGAGGCUGUGGUGGGUUCCCCAGAACUACCUCACGGUGCAGGAUGCGCAUUGUCCCAAAGUACAACAGGGGUGCAAAGGCAUAAGGGGUCUCGGGCUGGGGGGUGCUGUCUCCUUUUGGGGGUUUCGGGGGACCCUCCGAGGGUUUCCAGUGGGCUCUGGGGAGAAACCUGAUCCAUGGGAAGUCUUCCCCAAGGAGUCAGCACCCCCCACUUCCAUUCCCGCUGCUCAGUGCUGGCCGUGACCAUGUAACCCUUAUUAGCACACAGUAAGGCUGGCAUUUCCAGUUGCUGGUGCAUACACUCCCUGAUGUGCAAGACAUCGUGGGCAAUCUGUGCAGACUUUUUCUCUUUUUUUCCUGCGAAAUCUUAGGAUUUCGGUAUUUUGGGAAGGGAGAAAAUUGGGGCUGGCAGUCAUGAUUUGUGCCUGUUGAGUCUUCCCGUAUUAUUUUUCAUGUGAUAGUCUGUAGGCAACUGUGUUGAAGGCAAUGGCAUCCUUUUCCUUGGUUUCUACUUUUUUCCGCCCCUUUUUACUGGAGUAGAAAAUUCUAAGUCCUCAGGCAUCUAAAAAGCAUACUAGGUAUUUGCUUCUAUUUUAGCGACAUUUUAGGGGAAGCUGGGAAAAAGGAAGGAUUUGGGCUCAUUGAUAGAGUUUCAUUCAAUUAACAUAAAUGCUUAUAGGACUUUCGGAGUUUGCCCUAAAUAUCAGCACUGAACAUAAAGAUAGUUACUGCAAUCCAGAACUCAUCAGGAGGACCCAGGAAAGUCCUAAAUUGUUGUAUGCACCAUGCUCAUGGUUAUGGACUAGGAGGUAGGUCUCCAGGGAGGACUUGAAUGCAGAAAGACCUAGAAAUACCUCCCCAAAUAGAAAAGGGAAUUUACAGCUAACGCUCUUGAUGUGAUGUGAUUCAUAUGUGAUUGGAGCACUUUCAAGAUGGCCGUGGUUACCAUCUGGUUGCUAUCGGGAUGGGAAUGUCCUCCGACGUUUCUCCAGUGUCCCCAUCGAGUGACAAAGCCUCGUGGCCCCAACACUCUUUCUGCAGUCUUUUCUGUGGGUUUCGGUAGGAGUUUAUUUUGAGUCUUGAUAAAAAGUAUGCGUGUGUGUGGACAGACAGACACAUGCACACCAUCACAGACACUCCUGGACGGAAUGGAAGCAUUCAUAACGACAUACGUCCAUCGGUUUCCUGUAACUGCCAUAAGUACAUUUUUAUCGUGUAAAAGAAAUGUAAAAAAAAAAUAAAGUAAAAAGACGUCUUCUUUGUUUCCCACCGACGUUGAUGAAACAGCACUGGAAAAUAAAAAUCAUAAGGCAUCGAGUAAA